AUGCCCAGGAGGACAUUGCGAGGGAGGAGUACGGCUACGCUCUCCGUCGGACGGGGCAUCGAGCGCUGCCCGGUGCCCAACUUCGAGAUGCCUGCCACUAUCGACCCCACCUCCUUCCUCCAGCUUCACACUGACGACGCCUCGGACCCGUCAUGCCGGAUCAAGAGCAACCACGGCGCGACAACGCUUGCGUUCGAGUUCCAGGGAGGAAUUGUCGUGGCGGUCGACUCGCGAGCAACGGCGGGAAGCUACAUCGCGUCCGGGACGGUCAAGAAGUUGAUCGAGAUCAACCCUUACCUGCUCAGAACGAUGGCCGGUGGUGCUGCCAUACCUGCAGACGUAUCUCGGCUUCCAGUGCUGCGAGUUGCGCAAUCACAAGCGGAUCUCGGUCGCGGCAACAAGCAAGGACCUCGGCUGCUGGCCCAAUUACCUAAGCGGGUUAUCGUAUCAAUCAGCUACACGCGGACGAGGAGGAGCUACUAG